UUUAAUUUAUUUAUUUUUAUUAUUUGACUCUUCAGAGAACUGAAGAAUAUGUCUGAGUCUUUGUUUAUGUUGUGUUCUGGUCGUGUCCCAGCGGAACCGGACCGGAGCGGCAGGAAUGCAGCGUUCGGUCCCGGGCAGCAGCAGACGUGACGUCGCUGGUUCCGAGCAGAAAAACCGAACUGGGUUAAAGUUUUCUGUGACGAAAGAGAGAGGGAGAGAAAAAAAAGGUCCUAAAAUAGUCUGAAGUCUGUCCGGGAGGCGGCCGUGUUCGGACGGUUCGGUUCUGAAAUGUUCCCUGAAGCUGUUGUUGUUUGUUUCAUCGCGUUUUUGACCCAAAGCUGCUUCUGUGAGGAGGAGAACCAUGAGGUUCUGGAGCAGACCCAGCUCGCAGACUUUUACAGAAACAGUUUCUUCAUCCUGGAGAGUCUGCCUCUGAAGCGCUGCGUCCUGGCGGACCGGUCCGGUCUGGUCCUGGAGGACUGCGAGCGCCCCACGCGCCGCAUGCUGUGGAAGUGGGUCUCCAGGCACCGCCUCUUUAACCUGGGCGCCGCCGCCUGCCUGGGCCUCAACGCGUCGGACCCGGCGCGGCCUCUGAGCAUGUUCGAGUGCGACGUGGUCUCGCCCAUGCUGUGGUGGCGUUGCCACGGAAACAUGAUGUACGGGGCGUCCGAGUGGAAGGUGACGGUGUCCGGCCGCUCGGUGGUGGCGAAGAAGAACAUUUACCACGAGUGGAAACGACACGACACGCCGAGAGAAGGUCCCUGUUCCCACCCGUACCAAGAAGUCCACACCUUACAGGGAAACGCACACGGCUAUCCGUGUGUUUUCCCCUUCAGCUACAACAACAGGUGGUUCUCUGAGUGCACCACCGAGGGCCGCGAAGACCACCUCCACUGGUGCUCCACCACCGACCGCUACGACCAGGCCGAGAGGUGGGGCUUCUGCCCCGUGGAAGCCUCAGGUUGUAAUCACUUCUGGGACUGGAACCAGGACCUGCCGGCGUGUUACCAGUUCAACCUGUACACCAUCCUCACCUGGACUCAGGCGCAGUCCACCUGCCGGGCUCAGGGCGGGAACCUGCUGAGCGUCACCAGCCUGGAGGAGCACAGGUACAUCAGAGACCGUCUGUCCAGUUCUGGAGCCAUGGUGUGGAUCGGACUGAACCACCUGAAGGACGGGCGGGGGUGGCAGUGGUCUGACUCGGCGCCGCUGGCCCUGGUGGAUUUCACCACAGCUCUAGCUUCCAGCCCGUUGGAGGACGACCUGCAGUGCGGCGUUUUCACCUCGGCGUCCGGCGGCCAGUGGCAGAGUCUGUCCUGUGAGGCCGCGCUGCCGUACAUCUGCAAGAAGACGCCCAACGUCAGCGCCGCCGCYGAGCCGUUCGAGAACUGGCAGUACGUCCGGACGGAGUGCGCCGCCGGUUGGUGGGCUCACAACGGGUUCUGUUACCGGGUUCUGCCAGAAGCCGAAGCAGGAAGCUGGGAGGACUCGUCCCGGGCCUGCGGCUCUCUGAGGGCGAACCUCAGCAGCCUCCACUUCCUGUCGGAGGUGGAGACGCUGCUCGGCCUUCUGGGAAACUAUUCCGGGUCGGGUACGGAGUUCUGGAUCGGUCUGCAGAAACCGGCGUCGUCUCCGGCUGUGGAGUGGUCCGACGGCUCGGCGGUAACCCUCACUCUGUGGCACCGGUACCAACCCGUUCACAACCUGUCAGACCCAACGCUCUGCACCAAACUGGACCCAACGACAGGAAACUGGAUUUUAGCCUCGUGUGACGAGAGACACCCGGCUGUGUGCAGGAGAGAGAGUCCCAGUCCGGUCCAGCAUCAGACCUGGGACGAAGGAUGUCCUGCGGGCUGGAAGCGACACGGUCACUCCUGCUACCUGGUGACGAGUCACGAGCAGAACUACGAGGACGCUCUGAUGGGAUUUUACUGCCGAGCUCCUCUUCUGACUGUGGAAAACAGGUUCGAGCAGGCCUUUGUGAACAGUUUGCUGAGUGCGAGCGGUGCCAACAGCAGCAUGUUUUACUGGAUCGGGCUCAGGGACCGGGGGAGGAAGGGGGAGUACAGCUGGCUUCCUCACAACAACUCCUCCCUGCCUCUGAUCUUCACAAACUGGAACAAACACCAGCCCGUCAGUACCGGGGGCUGUGUUGCCAUGUCGGGCGGACCUUCUUUGGGUCGGUGGGAGGUGAAGGACUGCAGGUCUCAUAAAGCCCUGUCGGUGUGUAAACAGAGCAUCAGCAGCUUCCACGACGCCGAGCUGCCGGAGCAUCACAUUGAUGCUUACGCCCCCUGUCCUCCAGGCUGGGAGUCACACUCUGGACUGCUGCAUUGCUUCAAGGUGUUCCACGAUGAGAAGGUCCUGAUGAAGCGCUCCUGGGUGGAAGCGGACUUCUUCUGCCAGGCCCUCGGGGCUCAGCUGGCCAGUUUCCAGCACUAUGAGGAGCAGGUCUUUGUCAAACACCUGCUGAGCACCAUGUUUGAAGGAACAGAGGGCCGUUGGUUCUGGGUAGGUUUGAACAAGAGAGACCCCGAGCACCUCGGGUCCUGGGAGUGGUCCGACGGUUCUCCGGUGGUGACGUCGUUCAUCGAGGAUAAAAACGAGGAGGACGACCGCCGGGACUGCGCCGUGUACGGAGACCUGACCAACGCUCUGACGCCGCGGCGCUGCGACACCAAGCACGAGUGGAUCUGCAAACUGUCCCGAGGUGACAAACUGGUGAAACCCUACUGGUACACGGAGCAGAGCGAGCCCUGGGUGUUUUACCGCGGAGCCGAGUAUCUGCUGGCCAAGCAGCCGUUCGACUGGCGCUCCGUGUCUCUGGGCUGUCAGAUGAUGGGAGCCCACCUGCUSUCCCUCCACUCCACCGAGGAGCUGCGCUUCAUCAGGGAGCGCCUACGACGGUUCUCUCUGGGYCCGACAGACUGGUGGAUCGGACUUUCCUUCAACCCAUCAGGAGAGGAGGUCAGGUGGAGCGAYAAAACAGCCGUGGAUUUUCUGAACUGGGCCGACGGAGGAGUUCAGAGGAAAGCGGGGAUGUGUGUUAGCAUGUCGUCUUCGACAGGGAAGUGGUCGACACAUAAAUGCAGUGAACUCCACGGAUACGUGUGUCGGAGGAACACGGUGUCGGUGUUGGAGACGCCGCGGGAGCCUCAUUACAUCGGAGGCUGUCCGGAGAARUGGCUCUACUUCGGACACAAGCCUACAUCACCAUGCUGCUCCAGGGCAGCUCGGUGGGGGUGUGGAUUGGUCUGCGAGACGAGGACACCAUGAAGUGGACCAAUGGCAAACCGGUCAGCUACACCAACUGGUCUCCAGUAGAACCAAAAAGCCACCUCACUCAGGACGAGUGGCUCACCGGAGCUACCGAUGAACCUCUCUGCACCGUUCUGUCCAACAACCACAACUUCCAUCUGACCGGGAAGUGGUACGACGAGAAGUGCAGCGAGAGCGGGUACGGCUUCGUCUGUCAGAAACCUCAAGACACAUCCAAACCCCCGACCCACUCCUACCAGCACCUUUUUCUUGGAAACAUCGAGUACAGGAGUCACAGCUACAAGGUUGUGUCCGGCAACAUGAGCUGGUACAACGCCAUGCACAUGUGCAAAGAGAAUGGGUCCAACCCGGUGAGCAUCACGGAUGCGUACCACCAGGCUUUCCUCACCGUCCUCGUCAACAGACUGGCGGUCCCGCUCUGGAUCGGACUGUUCAGUCAAGACAGYGGCAUCAACUAUCAGUGGUCCGACGGCAGCGACACGGUGUACACGCACUGGGACGCAGUGGACGACGACGACGACUUUGUGACGGGGGAGUGCGUCUACAUGGAUGUGAACGGAGGCUGGCGGCGAGCCGACUGCGAAACUCUGCUGCCCGGAGCUCUGUGUCACAAUCCCCCGCCAAGCAGCGAACCUUUCAUCCUGUCUGAGACAACUUGUCCGUCCACGUGGGUGAAAUUCGAACGGGGAUGUUACAACUUCGAAUCUGUGGAAGAAGAUCUAACCUUUGAGGAGUCGAGGCAGCACUGUAAACACAAAGUCAACACUUCGGAUGUUCUGACGAUCAAGAACGAGACGGAGAACCGUUUUGUUCUGGAGCAGCUGUGGUCGUUGGGCCUCCUUCACCACACCGUGUGGUUGGGGAUGAACUUCAAUGUGGACACCGACUCAAUGACCUGGGUAGACGGUUCCCCCGUGGGCUACAGCAACUGGGCCGGCAGAGGACCGGACACCAAGCGUCUGACUGCAGAUUCUUGUGUCAACAUCAGGAUGGUUGACGGUGCGUGGCACCUGUCAACGUGCACGGAGAGGCGGGGCUUUAUCUGCAAAACUGUCCCAGGUGUGACGGCUGAACUGGAAGUGGAACGUCUGAACGGUCUUCACCACAGUGUUGUUCCUGCAGCGGUGGCGGUUGCUGUAAUAAUCUUCGCUCUGCUGGCGGCGGUGUUCUGGUUCCUGUUCAGGAGGAGCCCGGCCCGUUUUCGGGGUCUCCCCACGCUGCCCGGCGCUUACUACAGACAAACGGACUCUCAGGCCACGGAGUCGGACGGAAACGUUCUGAUCACAGACCUGGAGACUCACUCAGGAGAAUAACAGCAGAGUUUUAGUCCAGGUCUGACUCUGAACGUGUCGGGUACGAACGCCUCGCCGCGCCUUGAAGCGGCGCCGGCGGAGGUGCUGACAUCAUCGCUGCGUACAGGAGAUGGUUUGUUUUUUAACUCCUGAUGAAGCAGGAAGUGGAAGGGUUUAAAUAAAAAUAUUGAAGAAGGGACUCUAAAAACAUUUACACUUAAAUUAAAAUCUCAAAACAUGAAGUUUGAACAAAGUUUAAAUGUUUAUUUUGAUGAAAAA